AUGGUCCGAUUGGGAGGUUCAGUGUCGGUUGCUGCGACCUUGUUUACCCUAUUUACCUUUGCUACGACGGCUUUGGCUGAUACCGAGACUGUCUACAUUACUGGACAAGGUAAAGAUGGAGUUUCUCGUGAGCUCGCCGUCAACCGAUAUCCCGCUUUAUACACUGGUGAUUUUGGCGACUGCCUAGGAGGACAGAGUUUGUUCAACAUUACCAAAUUCGAUGCCGCUUAUUAUGCCGACAACAUGACUGUCCAGUUUCAUCUGGAUGGAACUACUAAUAUCAGAAAUGAGUCGUUGAUGAUGCACAUGAAUGUCGAAGCUUAUGGCGAGACAAGAUUCGAGAUGAACUUUAACCCGUGCAUGACAAACAUCGCCAGUUUGUGCCCGUUGAACGCCAGCGUUCCCAUCAGGGCAUUCGCUGAGUUCAGGCUUACGCCCGCUCAGAUUGACGGUAUCCCUUCGAUUGCCCUCGAUAUCCCCGACUUUGAAGGUUCUGCGCGGGUUCAGAUAUUCGCAAAUUCUAGUCAAACCCAAAUAGGCUGCUUCCAAGCCGUGAUGCGAAAUGGCAACAGUUUCUCCCAUCCCGCGGCAAUAUCAUCGAUCCUGGGUGCCUUCACCCUCGCCGCCAUUUUGGCUUCGUUUGCCACUGCGAUAUACGGUGUUAGCAUUACUCACAUCAGAACACACUACGCUCACUCCCUGUCGGUGUUGGUCAUUUUUGAGACAUUCCAAACAGUCUUCUUUUCAGGGGCAUUGUCUGUCGAUUGGCCAAGUGUCCUGCCUGCUUGGUGGAGCAACUUUGGAUGGGCUGCUGGCAUGAUUUACAGCAAGCAAGUAGUCAACUCGAUUGACGGAUUCGCCGGAGUGACCGGAAAUGCGAGCCAAGUCGGCGGUGCAGGGUCGACCGUUAUCAACACUGGAGGUGGUCUAGUACAACAAAUUUACGGGCGCGCGCUCGACAGCCUCUCAGAAGUGCCUGUCGACUUGGCAGCUAUUCAGCACCUUGCUGAACAGCCUGUCAGAGAGUACAACAGGAGCAACCCAUACGAAUACUACUGGGCGGGCUUCCCAGUGGCCCCAGGAAUGCCUACGCCUGGCAAGUGGAUUGGCUUCGCUGGAGAUUUAUCAGCCCUCGGCAUACCUGCUGCAGAUGCCUUCACACUUGGUUUAAUCUGGUGGCUGGUUGCCAUUGGCUUGGUUGCUUUCUCCAUCACUCUUUUCAAGUUUAUACUCGAUAUGCUGGCAGGAGUAAAAGUGAUGAACCAAGACCGGUUCAUGUACUUUCGUAGCCAUCUGGGAGGAUAUCUUGCAGCCGGUGUCCUCCGAACCCUGCUCGUUGCGUUCUUUUCCCUAAUGACACUGGCUCUAUUCCAGUUCAACAUCCGCGCGCCUGCUGGCCCAACGGCUGUCGCCGCCGUCGUUUUUAUCCUCCUGCUCGUCGGUGUCGGUGGCAUCGUUGCUUACGCCUGCUUUUUCCGCCUCCGACUCGGAAAGUAUGAAAUGGGACCCGAUUCAAUUGUAUUUGAGCAAGGAAGACUGUUCAGUGCUAUACCAGCGGUUGCUGCAACCCGUGCUAGCAACAUUGGAGAAAAGGAAACAACUGCCAAGCGCUACGGAUCGAUGCCCUUUUUCAAAAUUCGAUUUGUCGACGAUGAUCCGAACCGAGCCACUGUGCACAAAGACGAGGCCUACAUCAAGCGGUUUGGCUGGCUUUCCGCCCGCUACCGCCGCACGAGGUGGUGGUUCUUUGCAUGUUGGUUUAGCUACCAGUUUAUCCGGGCCUGCUUUAUUGGAGGUGGAGCCCGAAACCCCCUGGCACAAGUCUUUGGCUUGUUCGUCUUCGAGGUCAUCGCCUUCCUUGUUUUCAUCAAACUCAACCCGUUCGAAGGCCAACGAAACAACUCGUUGGCAAUCUGGAUGCUCGGUAUUGCAAAGGUCGCCACUGCUGGGUUUUCCAUCGCCUUCUUGCCAGCUUUUGCUAUCGGACGUAUCCUGUCAACGGUUUUCGGCAUUAUUAUUAUUGUGAUUCAGGGAUUCCUUGUCGUUGCCGUUCUUGUUUUAAUUACCCUGGGCGUCGUUUCGUCAUGGAUGUCCCUCAACCGGAAUCGUGAGCAGUUCCCUGAGAAGCUUGACGGAAUCCGCAUUAAAUACUACGAGCAUAUGGAAGCCAAGGCCGCCGACCUGCCUCCCCCGCCGAAGCCAGACCCUAAGCUGCAAAUGCCCCAAGAGCCUCCUCAACCCUACUUUAACGUUAACAGUGUCCGCCGAGCCCGCAAGAUCGAGGACGAAGACAACGACGAGGACGAAGUUGGGGACAUUAUCCGCCCAGCUAACGCAUCGGUUGUUCAGUUUGCUCCUGGUACCCGGACCAGAAGCCGUGCCAAUAGUGCCAGCUCGCGCUACUCAGUUGGUAGCUUGCCGCGACGUGCCAGGCCGCAGCGCGCUUCGUGGAGCUCUGCCGAUUUUGCCGAAUGGGAUCUUCAGGCCAGCCAGUUUGACCGAUCCAACUCGGCACUUGGACACCGCAGCAGCAUCGGUCAUAAGCGCAGUGGCUCAUUACGGCAGGUGUCACACUCUGACUCGCAGCCAGACUUGGGUCGAUCUUCCAACAAGUCCCCCCUUCCAGAGAGAUCAGCUUCUACGAAUGAAUUGCGUCGUCUCAUGACUCCCACAGAAGAGGUUCCCGAGGAGCACGUCAUGACGCCUGGUGCAAUGUCCCCGGGCGAAAAGAGUGGUAAAAAGACCGAGGAAGCUGCCAUCUCUCCCAUCAACGAGAAAGACGAAGAAAAGUACCUCGAGACGAGCGGAUCAAAGCCUUGA